AUGACAGAACGAGAGGCUCUUGUAUAUCGUGCUAAAUUAGCUGAGCAGUUGGAAAGAUAUGAUGAGAUGGUUGAUGCAAUGAAGGAAGUUGUAGAGAUGGCAGAGGAGUUGACUGUUGAGGAACGUAAUCUACUUUCAGUUGCUUACAAAAAUGUCAUUGGGUCUCGGCGAUCAUCAUGGCGUGUGUUUAGCGCUGUUGAACAGACAGAAGGGAAUCGAGGUAAUGCUGAAAAGCAAGCUUGUGCCAAGAAAUUUCGUGAAGUUUUGGAAUCUGAACUCGAUCGUGUUUCUAAGGAUAUAUUGGAACUCAUUGACAAGUACUUAAUCAAAAGCGCAACCAAGUCAGACUCUAAGGUCUUUUAUCUUAAAAUGAAAGGCGAUUAUUUCCGUUACAUGGCGGAAUUCUCAGUCGACCCACAACGUCAAAAAGCUGCAGAAGAAAGUAAUAAGGCCUACAAAGAGGCUUCUGAAAUUGCCGCAACCCAAUUGUUUCCGACCCAUCCAAUCAGGUUGGGGUUAGCUCUCAAUUACUCAGUUUAUUUCUACGAAAUUAUGAAUGAUCCAGACGAAGCAUGUCGUCUUGCACAAACAGCAUUUGACGAUGCAAUCUCUAGGCUAGAACAUUUAUCAGAAGAAAGCUACAAAGAUUCCACCUUGAUAAUGCAGCUAUUGCGAGAUAAUUUAACUCUAUGGACGUCAGAUCCUGAAAGAGAUGACAACGUGAAGAAAGAUACUGAAGAGAAAGCCUAA